UUUUUUAAAUCUCUCUCCAAAUCGAUAAAUCAGACUUUACAAACUUUCCACAAAAGCAAGCAAAUCUGAUUGCUUCUUUUACGCAUGUAUUGUAACACAAUUGAGAGAAACAUAGAUGGACUUGUUGAGUCUUCUACUUUGUGUUCUGAUCACCUGCACUUUGGUUCAGGCCCUAAUAUCACUUACAAAAUCAAGCAAAAACAGUCCCGGCAAGCUUCCGCCGGGACCGACACCUCUGCCACUCAUCGGAAACUUUCUCAAACUAGGUGACAAGCCUCACAAGUCCCUAGCCGAGCUUGCCAAAAUCUAUGGUCCUAUCAUGACCAUAAAACUAGGCCAAGUAAACACAGUUGUCAUUUCUUCACCAACCAUGGCUAAACAAAUCCUCCAAAAGCAAGACCUCGCUUUCUCCAACCGAUCCAUCCCGGACAACAUCCAAGCCCAAAACCACGACCAGUUCUCCGUCGCUUGGAUGCCUAUUUCAACUCAAUGGCGAAAACUCCGCAAAAUCUGCAAUUCCCACGUUUUCGCCGCUCCAAAACUCGACGCAAACCAACACCUACGACAUCAAGUGGUGCAAGGACUGAUCGCCGAGGUUCGAGAAAGCUGCGAGCUAGGUGUGGCAGUGGAUAUUUGCAAAGCAGCAUUUAGAACAACGUUUAAUUUGCUGUCGAAUACAAUUUUUUCCAUGGAAUUGUUGGAUGAUCGGAACAAGGACACUGUAAGGGAGCUGAAGGAGGCAGUGUGGAGUUCCAUGGAGCACAUUGGCACGCCCAACUUGUCAGAUUACUUCCCUGUGUUGAAGAAGAUUGAUCCACAAGGUAUUAGGCGCCAAACCACUUCUGACUUUGGAAGGCUUAUUGUAGUCUUUGAUCGUUUGAUUGAUCAACGAUUGGAGUUGAAAAAAACACAGGGUUGUCUGUCAAGCAAUGAUGUGUUGGAUGCUCUUCUCAAUAUCAGUGGAGAUGAUCAGAGUGACUCUAUCGAUCGAACUCAUAUCCAGCAUUUGUUGCUGGACAUAUUUAUUGCGGGGGCGGAGACAACUUCAAGCACGAUGGAAUGGGCAAUGGCCGAGAUACUACACAACCCAAAGACAUUAUUUGAAGCACGAGUGGAGCUUGAGAAAACAAUUGGCAAAGGCAAACAAGUCAAAGAAUCAGACAUCCCUCAGCUACCAUAUUUGCAAGCGAUUGUCAAAGAAACCUUUAGGAGACACCCAACAACUCCAUUGUUACUUCCUCGCAAAGUUGAAGUAGAUGUUGAAGUUUAUGGAUUCACUGUUCCAAAGGGUACACAAGUGCUUGUGAAUGCAUGGGGUAUUGGCCGCAAUCCAAGUACAUGGGAAAGUCCAAACUUGUUUUUGCCUGAGAGGUUUUUGGGUUCACAAGUUGAUGUUCGGGGACAAGAUUUUGAACUCAUUCCAUUUGGUGCAGGAAGAAGAAUAUGUCCUGGAUUGCCAUUAGCAAUGAGGAUGCUUCACUUGAUGUUGGGUUCUCUCAUAAACUCAUUUGAUUGGAAGCUCAUAGAUGGGAUUUCUCCAGAGGACAUGAACAUGGAGGAGAAGUUUGGCCUUACUUUGAAAAAGGCUCAGCCUCUUCGUGUUGUCCCCGUUUACUUGUAGGCUUUUAGUGAGCCUAGUUCAAGGGUAGCUCAACAAUAAUGCCAAGCGUCAUGAAAGAAAUAUCAUGAAAAGCCUUCAUGAAGAUUCUCCACCCUUGAAGUAGUUUGUAGUGUUUUAUUGUGUGUUAUGCAAUCACCUUUAGAUUAAUUUUAUGAAACUUUUCAUGAUAUUUAUUUCAUGGUGUGUAACAUUACUCGUAGCUCAAACUGCCAAUUCAAUAAUUCCUAUUGUCAAUCUUUAUAAUCCU